AUGGUGUUUUUGUGUGAGACUAGGCAACAACUACAUAAGAUGAAGAGGUUGCGUAAUCGGUUAGGGCUCCGUGGCUUUGAUGGCAUAAGUAGCAUUGGGAAGAGUGGUGGUUUAGCGUUGUUCUGGGAUGAUUCUAUGUAUGUCAGUGUUCAAGAUGUAAACGCCAGGUGGAUCGAUGUGUUUGUUCGAGUUGCCCCGUCCGAACCACUUUGGCGCGUCACCUUUGUGUAUGGUGAACCGAGGGUGGAAAACCGACACCUCAUGUGGGAGAGUUUGUGCAGGCUAAGGAACAUGUCCGAACUGCCAUGGCUCGUUGUGGGUGAUUUCAAUAAGGCACUGUGGGACUAUGAGCAUAUGUCCAUGACGGCGAGACCGCAACCCCAAAUGAUGGCCUUUCGUGACUGUUUUGAAGUGUGCCAGUUGGUGGAUCUGGGCUUUUUGGGAUAUCCCUUCACAUACGAUAAUAAACGGAGUGGCCGGGCUAAUGUGCAGGUGCGUUUGGACAGGGCGGCGGCGGACAAUGCUUGGAGGGAUCUCUUCCCGGAAGCGGCGGUUACCCACCUUACGUCACCUCGGUCUGAUCAUCGGUCGUUACUUUUGCGGUGCAUGCAGGAUACAAGUGUGAAAGUGGUUAAAGCGAGGCGCUAUGAGGUCAUGUGGGAGAGGGAGGCUUCUCUGGCAGAGGUGGUCGUGGCAGCUUGGGCCGCUUCGGGCGCGAAGGGUGACCUGGGCGGUGUCACUGCGGCCCUGAAAGCACCCAUGGCAAAGUUGCAUGAAUGGAGCAACAAGACAAUUGUCAAUGUCAUGAGAGAGAUUGAGAAGUCAAGGACGAGGCUGGAAGAACUCCAUAAUAUGAAUGCCGACCGCAAUGAGCUGCGCAAGGAAUCAGAUCACAUGGAUGAACUCCUGUACAAGGAGGAGAUGAUGUGGCUGCAACGUUCUAGAAUGGAGUGGCUAAAACAUGCUUUCUCGGACAAGGAAAUCAGUGAUGCUCUUUUCCAGAUGGGGCCUCUAAAGGCUCCAGGCCCAGACGGGUUUCCGGCGAGGUUCUUCCAGCGGCAUUGGGGUAUGAUGAAAAAUGACAUUAUUGAGGCAGUCAGACAGUUUUUCAGCUCGGGGGUGAUGCCAGAGGGCGUCAACAACACCACUAUUGUGCUCAUUCCAAAGGUGGAUAAUCCCCAACGCUUAUCUGAGUUCCGGCCCAUCAGUCUCUGUAACGUGAUAUACAAGAUCAUAUCAAAAUGCUUGGUGAACCGUUUGAGACCUAUACUUGGGGACAUCAUCUCUGAGGAGCAGAGCGCGUUUGUGCCUGGCAGACUCAUAACAGACAAUGCUUUCAUUGCCUUUGAGUGCACUCACUAUAUUAAACAGGAGAAGGACCCUGAUAAAGCUUUUUGUGCUUAUAAGAUGGACCUCCACUAG